AUGGCAUUGUCUGCAGACUCGGAAGGGUACCUAACUCCUGUUGAUUUCAUCCAGCUCCAGCAGUACAUGGAAUACAGCAGCGUGAGGGUGAAAGAUGUGAUUAAGCAGUUUCAUUCCGGUGGUCGGCUGGUUCACCACAGGUUUGGAGAGCGAAUCGAUGCAGUGGGUUUCUGUCUCUUCCUUAAAACCUACCUGGAGGUGGAGGACUUUCCAGAGGACUUUUGCCAGCGCCUAUUUUGCUACUUUCAGAACAUGGAGCAGGAUGAAUCUAUGAAAAUCCCUCUACCAAGAGGGGGAGGAGUCUUUCUUCGUGAUGUAUCGUGCUACUUCUCUGUGCUGGAGGAAGGACAGCCAAAGGAGAAGCUUGAAUUUACUUUCAAACUAUAUGACAAAGAUGGCAACGGACUGCUGGACAGCUCUGAAGUGGAUCAUAUCAUCAGCCAGAUGAUGCGAGCUGCAGACUAUUUUGGUUGGGAUGUGGCUGAACUCAGACCGGUAUUAAAGGACAUGAUGGUGGCAAUGGAUGUGGAUGACAGCGGGACUGUUACCCUGGAGGAAUGGGUGAAGGGAGGCCUGAACAACGUGCCUUUACUUGUGUUAUUGGGACUGAAGAUGGCAGAGCGAGAUGGGCAGCAUAUAUGGAGAAUGAAGCACUUUAAUAAGCCAACCUAUUGCAAUGUGUGUGAGAGCAUGCUGCUGGGUCUGGGGAAGCAGGGACUCUGCUGCACCUGCUGCAAGUACAUCGUCCACAGCCAGUGUGCCAACAGGAACCCUGAACCCUGCGCUCACACCUUUGUCAAAACUAAAAAGGAAAUUGGUGUAAGAAACAGUUUUCCUGCUUUAUUUCAGAAAGAGCUCAUUUAGGCACUUGCGGCUCAUGAUUGGAUCAGUGCGGAUUGUAACUCCAGUAAGUGCCAGGUGUGCCACAGGAAAAUCAAAACAUUGGCAGGGAAGCGUUGCGUGUGGUGCAACGAGAUGCGUCAUGAUGACUGUGUCUCUUCUGGAUUAUCUUCCUGCGACUGCGGCUCACUGAAAGAUCACAUACUCCCCCCAUGGACCAUAUAUGCUCUCUCAAAGGACACCAGCCUGUUGAAUAUCACCCCUGAUGGUCAUAUAUUGCAGAUUAUUCCAGUUCCAGACACCCAUCCUCUACUAGUAUUUGUAAACCCAAAGAGUGGAGGGAAGCAGGGUGAGAGAGUGCUGAGGAAGUUCCAAUACCUACUUAACCCACUACAAAUCUACAACCUGUCCAAUGGAGGUCCUGCCCCGGGGUUACAUUUCUUCCGCAAUGUGCACAAGUACAGAAUCUUGGUGUGUGGGGGAGAUGGAACCGUAGGCUGGAUUCUGGAUGCUAUUGAUAAAGCAGAACUCCAGGUCCAUCCUGCAAUUGCUGUCUUACCUCUUGGCACAGGGAAUGAUUUGGCCCGCUGCCUCCGCUGGGGAGGAGGGUACGAGGGUUCAGAUUUGAGUGAGAUCCUGAAGGAGAUUGAAGGUAGUUUGUUAGUGUCCAUGGACCGUUGGCACAUUCAGGUGAUACCGGACGACCCCCAGGAGGCAGGAGACCCUGUGCCCUAUGAGAUCAUAAACAACUAUUUCUCCAUUGGAGUGAAUGCCUCCAUUGCUCACCGCUUCCACUCCAUGAGAGAGAAGUACCCCCAAAGGUUCAACAGUAGAAUGAAGAACAAACUUUGGUAUUUUGAGUUUGCCACUUCAGAGUCCAUCUCUUCCUCCUGCAGGAAGCUACAAGAAUGUCUCACGAUUGAGUGCCAUGGAAGACCUCUGGACUUGAAUAACCUGUCUCUGGAGGGCAUAGCUAUCCUCAAUAUACCCAGCAUGCAUGGUGGCUCCAAUCUGUGGGGUGAAUCAAAGAAGCCUGAAAGGACAAAUGUAUGUGAUGUAUGUGAUGAAGAGCCUUGUGAUGUCAUUACUGACCAUGAGCUUCUUAAAAUAAGCUCCCAAGAUAUGAGUGAUAAGCGGUUGGAGGUGGUGGGACUAGAAGGGGUCAUAGAAAUUGGCCAGAUCUACACUGGAUUGAAGAGUGCAGGGCACAGACUGGCACAGACCUCUCAAAUUACCAUCAAAACUAGGAAAGCCCUGCCGAUGCAGAUUGAUGGGGAACCCUGGAUGCAGCCUCCUGGCACUAUUCGCAUAACUCACAAGAACCAAGCGAACAUGCUCAUGGCUGCAUCAACAAAACCAUCUGGCUUCUUUCACCUCAAGUAA